AUGCUAUAUAAAAUUAUUUCUUUUAUUUUGUUUUUUCUAAAAUAUAUAUUUAAUAAUAAAAGUAGUAAAACAAACAAUAAUGGUGAUGAUAAGAUUAAACUAAACCCAUUAAUUUUUAAUGAAAUUUUACCAUUAAUAAUUAUAAACCAAUCAUUCACUAGGCUAAUUGAAUUAAGUUUAAUUUCAAAAUCAGCAUUUACAUCAAUUCAAUACUACUUAACAUAUAAACAAGAUUCAAUAAAUUAUUAUACAGACUCUAAAAGCAUUUUAAAAUACAUAACCAAAAAUCAAUUUGGUUCAUUUAAUAAAAAAGAAACAUCAAAUAUAAAUAACUAUAAAUAUAGAUUAAUUCAAUAUAAGGAUGUCGAAAAUCUAUUCAUUACCAAGAUAACAACCGAUUUUGAUGAAUUGAAGCCAAUGCUAAUAGGAUUAUGUGGGUGCGAUAAACUAAAAAAAGUUACAGUAAUAGAUGACUACAAUCAAAUUACCUCUUAUAGAAAUUUAGAUGAUUAUGAUGUCUCUUUUUUUCAAUUUGACAAACUAUACUUGUAUUGGGACUAUCAUCAAAGUAUACCAGAAUCAUAUGAAAAUGAAGUGGAUUAUCAAGAAGCUUCAGUCACUGGUCUUUCAUACAUUAAGUUUUCUUUUGACUUUUUAAAACCCUAUAAACCAAAGAAAUUAAAAAUUACAACCGCAGAUAUCAGUACAGACUUUUUGAAUAUUGCAUACCUAAACAAUAUUUUAAUAAAAGCAAGUGCCCGUUUAGAAAGUGUAGAUUUUCAAUAUCACGAUACUCCACCCAGUUUUUUCAUUCAAGCCAUCCAAACACCAACCAUCAAGUCUUUAUCAGUUAGAUUUAGUUCACUUUAUAACUCAAUUAUUGAUGACGAAUUGGAUGUAAACUCACCAAUAGAACUACACAAAAAAUCACUUAUAAUAAAAUCAGAUUUAAAAAACAAUAAAACUUUGAAGAAAUUAAAAUUCAAACAUUCAAUUUAUCCUCAUUAUUCGACCAAUUCUAAUCCAAGCGAACUAUUAAAUGAUCUUUUAGGUAAUAUUGCACUUAAUAAAUUAGGUUUAGAAUGGUUCACUCUAACCCAACCAAAUAGCCACCAACUCUUAUCUCCAUUGUUAAAACUACCAAAUAUAACAACCUUAUAUUGCAACUCUUCAUCUGCAGAACAAUUCCUCAGUCAUUGUUUAGAAAACCCGAAUAUACAAACCUUAAACGUUAUUAAUGAUGACUUUGCCAAUACCAUGGGUACCGAAAAUAUAUAUCAAAUAUUUCUUAAAAAAAAUAAAACAUUAAAAAAUCUAAUUUUUAAUGCUUCGGAAAAUAAAAAAAUAAAAAUAUUAUAA